AUGUUUACAGAGCUGCGGCCGCCUGGCCCAAAUCAGCCUGUGUAUCGCGAGGAUUGUACACAGUGCUUCGACUCGAUCGACGACACCACUGGCCUGGACGUUUGUCUAUACUGCUUCAACGGCGGCUGUACGGCGGACCGCAGCCACUCUGUUCUACAUGUGUCGGCGACAAACCACCCUCUUGUGCUGAAUAUCAAGCGCACUCGCAAGCAAGUCACACGUGACGAGCCUCCAGCGAAGAUCACGAAGCUCUCGAUUGCCGCCGAAACCGAGACCGACCGCUAUGAUACUACAACGACAGUCAAGUGUUACGAAUGUGGCGUCGAUGAGGUGGAUGAGAGCUCUGGAAAGCUCCCGCAGCUUGUUGAUGCUGUUCUCAAGGCCAACACAUUUUCCAGGCAGGAGGAAGUCAAGGCAUGGGAACAAGAGAUGACCGCCUGCGAGCACACGCUGUGCCUAGAGCAGCAGGAAGCGAGGCAAAUCGAGUCUGGUGCUCUCGGGCAUUGUUCUGAGUGCAAACUCAACGAGAACCUUUGGCUGUGCUUGAGCUGUGGCAACCUCGGUUGUGGGCGACAGCAGUUCGGUGGCAUUGGUGGCAACUCGCACGGUGUAGGGCACACAAAAUCGACAGGACAUCCAGUUGCUGUCAAGCUGGGGUCAUUGACCGCUGAUGGAACUGCGGACCUCUACUGCUACGCCUGCGACGAGGAGCGAGUUGACCCUGAGCUACCGAAUCAUUUGGCACACUGGGGCAUCAACAUCAAGGACCGAGUGAAGACGGAGAAGAGCUUGACGGAGAUGCAGGUCGAGCAGAAUCUGCGGUGGGAGUUCUCUAUGACGACAGAGGACGGCAAAGAGCUGAAGCCUCUGUUUGGCUCAGACUUCACAGGACUCAAGAAUCUGGGCAACAGCUGCUACCUCAACAGUACACUCCAGGCUUUGUUCGCGGUACCGGAGUUCAGAGACCGAUACUACCUUCCCGAGCAGGGCCCGCCCAAUGCAUCGCUCCCGGCUGAGGACCUAGAAACUCAGCUUCGUAAGAUCGCCGAUGGUCUGAUCUCUGGACGAUACUCGAAGCCAGACAGUGAUGUCAUUGUCUCCGAGGAUACACCCGAAGUCCCACACCAACGCGGUCUGGCACCAGCCAUGCUGAAGCACCUGAUCGGGCGAGGACAUGCAGAGUUCUCCACAAUGCGACAGCAGGAUGCCUUCGAGUUGCUACUUCACCUCCUCAAGCUCAUCUCCCGAUCGCAGCAUGUUGCGCCUUUCAAAGACCCCGUCGAUGCUUUCAGGUUCGUCAUGGAGCAGCGCCUUCAGUGUAUCAGCUGCAAGCGCGUUCGCUAUCGAUCAGACGAGCAGGAAAACAUCUCUAUCCCUGUGCCCAUCCGGAGAGUACCAAAGGAUGCACAAAUGGACGCUACCGAUAGUGAAGGCAAAGAGAAGGAGAAAGAGGAGUUCGAGUCUGUCACACUGAGAGAGUGCCUUGACAUCUUCACGGCGGAAGAGAUGGUCGAGCUCACAUGCGGUGCUUGCGGCAGCAAGGAUGGUUUCACGAAGAGGAGCAUGUUCAAGACAUUCCCCUCGGUCUUGGCUGUGAACGCUCGCCGCUUCGAGAUCGUUAACUGGGUGCCCACGAAGCAGGACGUUCCUGUCAUUGUCAACGAUGAGGCGAUAUCUUUUGACGCAUACAAGUCGCACGGUCUUAAAGAUACUGAGGAGGUUCUUCCCGAUGACGCAGACACUGGCAGCUCCUUCAAGUGGACGCCGAACGAGGCUGCGCUAUCCAUGCUUGAGGCAAUGGGCUUUCCUCGUGUCCGCUGUGAGAAGGCGCUGCAUGCCACCGGCAACGAAGACCCAGAAGCUGCCUCGAACUGGCUCUUCGCCCACAUGGAGGACCCAGAUAUCGAUGAUCCAGUCGACUUCAACGCUGGCAGUGGAGGCGGCUCUGGCGGUGGUGCACCAAGUGCAAUCGACCCGGAGAAGAUCGAAAUGUUGAGUGGCAUGGGCUUCAAUGCUCCGCAAGCUCGACAGGCGCUGAAGGAGACUGGUGGAGACAUGGAGCGAGCUGUCGAGUGGCUCUUCAGUCACCCUGAGGCUGCGGGCGACUUUGGUGACGACGCGAGCGCAGAGAUGCCUGCCAAAUCACAGGAGAAGCUACUGCCAGGAAGCGACAAGCUGCCAGCGAACUUCCAGCUACAAUCCAUUGUCUGCCACAAGGGUAGUUCUAUUCAUGCCGGGCACUACGUUGCAUUUGUUCGCAAGCAGCUACCUGACGAACAAGACGCUGCUUGGGUACUCUUCAACGACGAGAAGGUAGCAAAGGCUGCAGAUAUCGACGAGAUGAAGAAGUUUGCAUAUGUGUAUUUCUUCAGGCGUUUGUAA